UUCAACACAGUGCAGUUCGGUGCCCGAACCACGAUUUGGGAAAAGAAUUGGAAAUGAGUUUGCUGUUGGUUCAUUGGUUCUUUUUGAAUGUAAUCCAGGCUACAUACUAUAUGGGUCAAUGGCAAUUAGAUGCGACACAGUGCCCAAUGCAUUGGCACAGUGGAACGAUACCCUUCCUACGUGUGUUGUGCCCUGUGGAGGUAUUUUAACUAAACGUAAAGGAACGAUUUUGUCUCCGGGAUACCCUGAGCCUUAUGACAACAAUCUGAACUGUGUGUGGAAGAUCACAGUGCCAGAGGGAGCUGGGAUUCAGGUACAAGUGAUAAGUUUUGCAACAGAGCAUAACUGGGACUCUUUAGAUUUUUAUGAUGGUGCUGAUAACAAUGCUCCAAGACUUGGAAGCUACUCAGGAACCACAAUACCUCCACUUCUUAAUAGUACGUCCAACAAUUUGUACUUAAAUUUUCAAUCAGAUAUUAGUGUGUCGGCUGCUGGCUUUCAUUUAGAAUACACAGGUUUGGACUCCUGCCCUGAACCUCAGAUCCCAAAUAGUGGAAUUAAGAUUGGAGACAGGUACAUGGUGGGAGAUGUCGUUUCCUUCCAGUGUGACCAAGGAUAUUCUCUCCAGGGACAUUCACAUAUCACCUGCAUGCCUGGACCAGUGAGAAGAUGGAAUUAUCCUAUUCCAAUUUGCUUAGCACAAUGUGGUGGUUCUAUGUCAGACUUCAGUGGUGUGAUCCUUAGCCCAGGAUUUCCCGGGAAUUAUCCUAGUAGUUUGGAUUGUACAUGGACCAUCAAGCUGCCUGUUGGGUUUGGAGUGCAUUUGCAAUUUGUGAACUUUUCAACGGAGACAAUCCAUGAUUACCUGGAAGUUAGAAGUGGAUCACCUGAUGUUAGCACUGCCAUUGGUAGACUCAGCGGUCCUCAGCUACCUUCUUCCCUUUUCAGUACAACACAUGAAACUAGCUUAUAUUUUCACAGUGAUUAUUCUCAGAACAAACAAGGAUUUCAUAUUGUGUAUCAAGCGUAUCAGUUACAAAGUUGUCCUGAUCCACGUCCCUUCCGAAAUGGAUUUGUUAUUGGAACUGACUUUACUGUAGGACAGACUGUUUCAUUUGAGUGUUUUCUUGGAUACACUUUAAUUGGAAAUUCAGCCCUUACUUGCCUUCAUGGAAUCAGUCGUAACUGGAACCAUCCUCUUCCAAGGUGUGAAGCUCUUUGUGGGGGAAACAUAACUGCUAUGAAUGGUACAAUAUAUUCACCUGGCUACCCUGAUGAAUAUCCAAAUUUUCAAGACUGCUUUUGGCUAGUAAGAGUACCACCAGGAAAUGGCAUUUAUAUCAAUUUUACUGUUCUUCAGACAGAACCAAUAUAUGAUUUUAUAACAGUCUGGGAUGGACCUGAGCAAAAUUCACCUCAAAUUGGUCAAUUUAGUGGCAACACUGCAUUGGAAUCUGUUUACAGCACCUCAAAUCAGGUUUUAAUAAAGUUCCACAGUGAUUUUACAACAAGCGGCUUCUUCGUCCUUAGUUACCAUGCAUACCAACUUCGAGUGUGUCAGCCUCCACCUAGUAUACCAAAUGCUGAUGUUUUGACUGAAGAUGAUGAAUUUGAAAUAGGGGACAUAAUAAGGUACCAGUGUAUACCAGGUUUUACAUUAGUUGGUAAUGAGAUUCUGACAUGUCGACUAGGAGAGAGAUUGCAGAUGGAUGGCACACCACCUUCUUGCCAAGUAUUAUGUCCUGCAAAUGAAUUGCGCCUUGAUUCAACUGGAGUGAUCCUGAGCCCAGGCUACCCAGAUAGCUAUCCAAACCUUCAAAUGUGUGCUUGGAUCAUUACAGUGGAAAAGGGUUACAAUAUCAGCCUUUACUUUGAAUUCUUCCAGACCGAAAAAGAAUUUGAUAUACUUGAGGUGUUUGAUGGACCAAAUAGUCACAGCCCGUUGCUAAUCUCCUUAAGUGGAGAUUAUACCUCCUCUCUCAAUAUAACAAGUAUGGGCCAUGAAGUAUUUCUCCGAUGGUCAGCAGAUCAUGGUACCAACAAAAAAGGUUUUAAGAUAAGAUACAUAGCUCUUUACUGCAGUACUCCAGAGUCGCCUCCUCACGGUUUCAUUGUAAGCCAGACAGGAGGGCAGCUGAACAGUGUGGUUCGCUGGGCUUGUGACCGAGGAUUCCGUCUCAUUGGAAAAAGCACCGCUGUGUGUAGAAAAUCUCCCCUUGGAUACUAUGCAUGGGAUGUACCUGUACCAGCCUGUCAAGCUAUCUCCUGUGGAAUUCCAAAAGCUCCAUUAAACGGUGGGAUAUUAACUACGGAUUACUUAGUAGGCACAUACGUUACUUACUUUUGCAAUGAUGGGUACCGCCUUUCAUCCAAGGAACUGACCACUGCAUCCUGCCAGCCAGAUGGCACAUGGAGUAACCAUAAUAAAACACCUCGCUGUGUAGUUGUUACAUGUCCAAGCAUUAAUUCAUUUACCCUGGAACAUGGAAGGUGGCGGAUAGUGAAUGGAUCUCACUAUGAGUACAAAACAAAAGUAGUUUUUAGCUGUGAUCCUGGCUACCAUGGAUUGGGACCAGAAUCCAUUGAAUGUCUUGCUAAUGGAACUUGGAGCUGGAGAAACGAGAGGCCAUACUGCCAAAUUAUUUCCUGUGGAGAACUUCCUACAUCUCCAAAUGGGAAUAAAAUUGGAACUCAGAUUACAUAUGGCUCGACUGCUAUCUUUACUUGUGACCUAGGAUUCAUGCUGGUGGGCUCAGUGGUAAGAGAAUGUCUCUCUUCUGGACUAUGGAGUGGAACUGAAACAAGAUGCUUAGCGGGUCAUUGUGGAAUUCCAGAUCUUAUUGUUAAUGGCCAGGUGAUUGGUGAAAAUUAUGGAUAUAGAGAUACUGUUGUAUAUCAGUGCAAUCCUGGUUUUCGGCUCAUUGGUUCUUCUGUACGGAUAUGCCAGCAAGAUCACAACUGGUCUGGUCAGCUUCCAUCCUGUGUGCCUGUCAGUUGCGGUCAUCCAGGGAGCCCAAUUUAUGGACGAACAAGUGGAAAUGGUUUCAAUUUCAAUGAUGUUGUGACAUUCUCUUGUAAUACUGGCUAUGUUAUGCAAGGACCAACAAAAGCCCAGUGUCAGGCAAACAGGCAAUGGAGUCAACCACCACCUAUAUGCAAAGUGGUCAAUUGUUCGGAUCCAGGAAUCUCUGGAAAUUCUAUAAGAGAAAGCAAAAUAGAACAUGGAAAUUUCACCUACGGUACAGUUGUUUUUUAUGACUGCAAUCCUGGAUAUUUUUUAUUUGGCUCUUCAAUUUUAAUCUGCCAGCCUAAUGGACACUGGGAUAAACCUCUACCAGAAUGCAUUAUGAUUGACUGCGGUCAUCCUGGCAUUCCUCCAAAUGCGAUCCUUUCUGGAGAGAAAUACACAUUUGGAUCUACUGUUCAUUAUUCUUGUGCAGGAAGGAGAUCAUUAAUAGGCCACGUAUCCAGGACAUGUCAAUUAAAUGGACACUGGAGUGGAACUAUGCCUCAUUGCUCAGGUGACACAGCAGGGACUUGUGGGGAUCCAGGAAUCCCAGGUCAUGGUGCUAGAGAACAAACUAAUUUUAGAACUAAAAGUGUUGUACAAUUCUCUUGUGAGCUUGGUUACAUCCUUCAUGGAUCAGAGGAAAGAACUUGUUUGGCAAAUGGAAGUUGGACAGGAAGGCAACCAGAAUGUAAAGCUGUUCAGUGUGGUAACCCUGGAACAACAGCUAAUGGGAAAGUGUUUCAAAUUGAUGGCACAACAUUCUCUAGUUCUGUGAUUUAUUCCUGCAUGGAAGGCUAUAUUCUGUCUGGACCUUCUGUACGACAAUGCACUGCCAAUGGGACAUGGUCUGGUUCCUUGCCAAAUUGUACAAUCAUCAUUUGUGGAGAUCCAGGAAUACCAGCCAAUGGAUUGAGAUACGGGGAUGAUUAUGUAGUUGAACAAAAUGUUACUUAUAUGUGUCAACCUGGGUACACAAUGGAAGCCAACAGUUCCAAAAUUCGUACUUGCACUACUAAUGGCACAUGGAGUGGAAUGCUGCCAACUUGUAAAGCUGUUACCUGUCCAACUCCACCCCAGAUUUCUAAUGGAAAACAGGAAGGAAUAAAUUUUGAUUGGGGAUUUAGCAUUAGUUAUGUCUGUUCACCUGGCUAUGAAUUAUCAUUUCCUGCUGUUUUGACUUGUGUUGGGAAUGGAACAUGGAGUGGUGAAGUCCCACAGUGCUUACCAAAGUUUUGCGGUGACCCAGGAGUACCUGCUCAAGGCAAACGGGAAGGCAAAAGCUUUAUUUAUCAGUCAGAAGUCUCUUUCAGUUGUAAUCCUCCAUUUGUGUUGGUUGGUUCCAGCACUCGCAUAUGUCAAGCAGAUGGUACAUGGAGCGGAUCAUCUCCACGUUGUAUAGAACCUACUCGGACAGCCUGUGAAAACCCUGGUGUUCCGCGUCAUGGAUCACAAAACAACACCUUUGGUUACCAGAUAGGCAAUAUUGUGCAAUUUCACUGUAGAAAAGGCUACUUGCUUCAAGGGUCUACAACUCGAACCUGCCUUUCUGAUCUUACAUGGAGUGGGAUUCAACCUGAAUGCGUUGCUCACAGCUGUAAGCAGCCCGAAUCUCCAGCUCACACAAACGUUGCAGGAAUGGAUCUUCCAUCCCUUGGUUAUACCUUGAUAUAUACAUGCCAACCAGGAUUCUUUCUAGCAGGAGGAUCAGAACACAGAGUCUGUAGAUCUGAUGGUACAUGGACAGGGAAGGUUCCUUUCUGUGAAGCUGGUUCCAAAAUAUUGGUGAAAGAUCCUAGACCUGCUUUGGGAACACCAAGCCCCAAAUUAAAUGUUCCUGAUGAUGUGUUUGCUCAGAAUUACAUAUGGAAAGGAUCCUACAAUUAUAAAGGCAAAAAGCAGCCAAUGACCUUGACAGUUACUCAUUUCAAUGCAUCAUCUGGAAGAGUGAAUGCAACCCUUACUAAUAGCAACAUGGAGUUGUUGCUUUCAGGGGUGUAUAAAAGUCAAGAAGCCCGUUUAAUGCUCCAUAUAUAUCUCAUUAAAGCACCAUACCAUACUUCUGUGAACAAACUGAAAGAAGACAAAUGGGCAAUGGAUGGCUUUGUUUCUGCAGAACCUGAUGGUGCAACUUAUGUUUUUCAAGGAUUUAUUCAGGGUAAAGAUUAUGGUCAGUUUGGACUUCAGAGAUUAGGACUUAAUAUGUCUAAAGGAUCAAAUUCAUUAAAUCAAUCACAUGGUACAAACAGCAGUUCUGUGGCCAUUGCUAUUCUCGUGCCUUUUUUUGCCCUUAUUUUAGCAGGCUUUGGAUUUUACCUUUAUAAACAAAGAACUGCACCGAAAACACAGUACACUGGUUGCUCUGUACAUGAAAAUAACAAUGGACAAGCUGCUUUUGAAAACCCCAUGUAUGACACCAAUGCAAAGUCUGUCGAAGGGAAGGCUGUGCGAUUUGAUCCCAACCUGAACACAGUUUGCACAAUGGUAUAACAUUGCGACGUCCUGACUGCAGUGGUUUGAAGAUUGAAAUGUGACAUAGUGGACCUCUAGUUCACUGGUUUUUAAAAGAAAAAAGAAAAGCACAUUUUUCAGGAUUUCCUGGAUCACCUUCUCCUGAGGAUGAGACAGAGACUAGAGUGGGUUUCUUUUUUUCAUAAAUAUAUAUUGACUUCAUGGUUACUGUGGAGUAUUUUACAGAACGUCUGCUGCACUCCAUGAGUGCUUAUUCACAGUUUAUUUGCUUUUUUAAAAAAGAAGAUUAUUCUAAAAAAAUAAUAAAAUAAUAACAUAUUUGCAUAUAUUGGAGGAGCAUCCACUCUCAGUACAUCUGUGCUUUAUAAACUGCUAGAGGGACUGGAUUUCAAAGAACAAAUUAUAUGUGAUAGGAAUUAAGAGUUAUAUUUACAGGAGACAGCAAGAGCCUAUGGCUUCUCUUUAAUAGUUACAGGCAAAAUCAUUCCAUCACAUCGGGUCUUUAAUAACAUUUUCCUCUCCUAUCUCCCUCUUCACUAACUAUGAAUUCCUAAGAUUAUGCCAUGAUCAUCAAUAUGCUUAUGCUUGCAAACAUGACCCAUUAUUUCUGAGCCACAAUGGGAAAAUUAAGUGUCUGGUCUCAGGUUCUUUUAAUUCAUGAGUUCCAUUCCCUGCUCUGUUCUUUUCAUGCAAGCAUCUUUUCUUUUUCUUAAUGUUACUUGUCCUAAUAGUGAUCAAUUUGUCAGCGAUAGAAUAAGAUUUGAGAAAUGCCACAACUGCAAUUAUCUUGAUUGCUGAGAUCUAUUGCAAAACUAUAUAUUUCACACUGCCCCUCCUUUUCCCAGUAGUUCAAUUUUCUCCAAGUGAAUAAAUGGCAGAUUAGAAGAGUAACAUCCCACAUCUGGACAAUGAAGGUGACUAAGUGGUACGUUUCCCAUCUCACUUUAUCAUCCAUUUCAUCAAUUUUAUUUCUAUACUGUAUUAAAUGCUGGAGACAGACGUGGUCAUCAUGAUACCAUCAAUUUGCAGCUGCAAAAAUGUAAGUUUCAGCCCACUGAUGUCUUUGAUGCAUUUCUCAAAAUUUCCAGAGCUUCCCAGUUCUAUGGCAGGGAACAGCAUGAUAUCCACUAUGGAAUAUGCCUGUAAUUUUUUUUUCUCCCACAAAAGUUAGUGUGAAGACCUACAGGUCUCCACCCAUCAGAUUGUACACAGAUUCCUGGAUUAGGGGUUAAUCUCUUACCAUUGCACUCUCUUCCUUUAUUGGGAAGUACAUAACUUCAGGAGUGCAUUUACCCUAAUUAAAAGAAAUUAAUUUCCUCUUUAAUUUCCUCACAUCUACAAUUCAGUUUUUGAUCAAAAAUCAUCACCAACUUCUAUCAUUUUGUAUGAUAAAGAAUCUGUUCUGAGUUUGCCUGAUUUUUGAAUGUAGUGUAUGAUUUACACACAAACGUGUACUUUUUUGUCAAUUUUAAAAUAUACAUUCUGUGUGAAAGAAGGUAAUUUUGGCAUUACAAUAUUAGUCUCAUUAUUAUAUUCUUUGCCAAGAAAUAAUGGGUUUCCGUAAGUGCACUGAAUGUUGGGUCAAAGCAAUGCCACAUAUUUCUAUAGGUACAAAGGGUGCUGCCAGCACAAAUAUUUUAAAUAAGGCCUGUAUAAUCUAGUUCACAACCCCAUUAAGCUAAAGUACAAUCAAUUACAAUUGAAUGGGUCUGUUUAAUUCCAAUCAGGAGGUUAUUUUCCUAUUGUUUUAAGGUUCAACAAAUCUUGCUUCAUAGUAAGUUUGUUUUCAAAUGUACUUUAGAAUUUUUGUUGUGGAGUUAAACCUUAAAUGACACUUGUUGUAUGGCAGUAUACAGUAUAAAUUACGGUACAGAAAUGAAAAUGCUCAUUUCUCCAAAUCAUACUUUCUUUUGUCACCUUUGAGAUUCUAUUGAUCUGUUUCACUCUCAUAUAAAAUAAUAUAAUUUUAGUUUAGAUUGGAGUUUUAUAAUUGAAUUAUCAAAAUACAGUUUGAGUAAUGUCCAUAUCAUUGUUCAUUGUCUUCCUUUGAUAGUAUGAAAUGAUUUUGAGUUCAUCAAUGCUGUCCAUUAGCUGGUGUGAAUUAUCUGGAAAUAUUCUUUUCUCAGAUACAAACAUCUCUAUGGGAAUAUUUUUUUUUAUUAAUGUAAUAAGAGAGUGCCUAUUGCCCCAAAGGAUCACAAGUUUCCCAUUUCCAUCCUCCAAUCUGUAUUAAACUGAGAACUGCUGCUUGGAUUUCUAUUGUGUUUGAUGAAUUUCUUAAAAACCAAUUUACAAUGUGUUUUGGGUUUUUUUUUUUUUUUUUUUGAAAAUUACAUCCAUCUUUCCAGAAACUGUCUUCUACUAAAAGAAUGCCAUUUUUAUGUUUUAUACCAUCAAUUUGUUAUUUAUUCUGGUUUAUUCAAAUGAUUGCAAUAAUGAUGAUUCAUUCAUUACUGUUAAGGUUAAUAUUUGAGAUUUUGUUUAAAAUCUUGUUUCUUCUGCAACUGGCUACUCCUCUUAUAUUAAUGCAUACACUUUUGUAAAGAAGUCUAUUUUUAUGAAAAAAAGGGAAUUUGUAAAAGUAUGAUGUAAAUUUUCAGUGCAAUGUAAACAAAUAAAAAUGGAUAAUUGCUUUUGUAA